AUGACAGGCCCAGGACGCUCGCCCUCCUCCCCUUGGGUGCAGAGUAGCCAAGGCAGUCAUCGUGAUGGUGCUAUGCAGUCCUUCCGCCCUGGAAUGUCACCCAAUAGCUCGGAACAACCGAGUUCCAACUAUUUUGGUAUGGCGGCGCCGACUUCAAACUCACAGUCGUUUGAUCCAGGACCAAAGAGCUGGGGUGCGUCACCGCACGCUCAGUCUCUCCCAAGUUCCAAAAUGCAAGUAUAUUCCAAGGACUCUGUAUCAACCGGAUUGGCGAACAUGUUGAAGACCGAGCCCGAAGCCAACCGGAGACGCCGUGAAUCAGCCUUCCAUGAAUCUGUUUCCAAUGGCGAUCCCCACGGAAGACCGUCUUGGUCCAAGCCAUCAACUCCUCACCUAAGCGGAAAUGGGAUAGGAGCUGGCACAAGUCCAGUACCGCCACAACCACAAGGUGUCCCUCUGACUGCAUUCCCUUGGGUCUCUCCCGAACGCUGUGCCGAUCUCCUUGGAUCAUCGCAAUCCAACGUCAUGUUAUUUGAUGUCCGCCCAUUUGCCCAUUAUAAACAAGCCAAUAUCCAAGGAUCACUGAACCUAUGCAUCCCGACUACGCUACUCAAACGUCGCUCAUUUGACACUCAAAAGCUGGAAGGCACUUUCACGGAUGACACUGAUAAGCAAAAGUUUGCUCAAUGGAGAAAAUGCAAUGUAAUCAUUGUCUACGACUCUGCCGCCGCCGAGUCAAAGGAUGCAGCGCCACUCUUGCACGUUCUCAACAAAUUUCAAGCAGAAGACUGGAAAGGCGAUGGGUUAAUACUACAAAAUGGAUUCCAGGGAUUGUCGACCAAGUACCCGCAUUUGAUUCAGCGGUCACAAUCAAACACGACAGGACCAUCCACCAAACGCCGUACGCCAAUGAGCAUCAAUCUACAGUCUGUUGCUCCUGUUGUUGGUGGGUGUGCCCUACCAGAAUCAUCUUCCGCCAUUAACCCCUUUUUCUCAAACAUUCGACAAAAUAUGGAUCUUCUCGGUGGAGUUGGACAGAUUCCCGUGAAACAGCCCGAUGGUAUGACCGAUAAAAAACGACAGUCACUUCCUCCCUGGUUACGGGAUGCUUCAGAUACCAAGGACCAAGGGCACAUUGUCUCCAAAAGGUUUUUGGGCCUUGAGAAAACGGAACUGGAGCGCAUGAAACAAGCCUUGACCUAUGAAGGAUCCACGGCAGAGGCCACUGGUGGAUCCAAGAAAUAUCGCGUUGCAGGAAUUGAGAAAGGCACAAAGAACCGUUACAACGACAUUUACCCAUUCGAUCAUUCCCGCGUCAGACUCGAAGGGAUUCCAUCUGGCGCCUGUGACUAUAUCAACGCAAAUCACAUUCAAGCCGAAUACAGCAACCGACGAUACAUCGCUACACAGGCUCCCGUUCCUGACACAUUCAGUGACUUUUGGCGCGUAGUUUGGGAACAGGACGUCAGACUACUCGUUUCUCUCACAGCUGAAAUUGAGCGAGGACAGGUGAAAUGCGACCGGUACUGGGAAUCUGGCAGUUAUGGGCCAUUCGAGGUCAAAGCAUAUUCGGAAAAGCACAUUCACAUUGAAUCCAAUGGCCAGCCAGUCAACUCAACGAUUCCCGACUCCAAUGCAUCUGCCGAAAAGCCUAAUGGUACAAACGAAAACCCCGUCAUUAUUGUGCGGCAUUUCAGCGUCGCUCACACGUCAUUCCCUUUCCAACCACUCCGAGAUAUCACCCAGCUCCAGUACCCUUACUGGCCUGAUUUCGGAACAACGUCUCAGCCAAUCCAUCUUCUCAAUCUGAUCGAGCAGUGCAACAAAGUCAUUCGUGCCACAAGCAACACUGGGUUUAGCAGCCAGGAGUCAGAACCGAAAGGUCAGCGGCCCAUUCUCGUUCAUUGCAGUGCGGGCUGUGGACGCACAGGAACAUUUUGCACGGUUGAUAGUGUGCUGGAUAUGAUGAAACGGCAACUUAUGCAAGCCAAAAAUGGCGGAGGUCUGGACCAAAACCCUACCAUUUCCUCGGAUUGGAUUCGAGACCACAGUACCGAUCUAAUUGAAAAGACCGUGGAGGACUUCCGGAGACAACGGCCAAGCAUGGUACAGAACCUUAGUCAAUUUUCGCUCUGCUAUGAAAGCGUGCUUGAAUGGCUCGUCUCAGAAAUGGACCACAGCAACUCAUAG